AUGCCCCGCGAAUAUCGGUCCUGGCGGGCUGCUGCUGCUGCUGCUGCUGCUGCUGCAGCAGCCUUGUUGCUGCUGCAGCAGCAGCCAGCAGCAGAAGCUUUUGCUGCAGGGGGGCCCCCCACCCCCCUGCUGCCGUCCUCGAUAACUAGCAGCAAAAGAUUUUUCUCUGUACGCAGCAGCUCUCCAGAUGUUGCUGCUGCGGCACCUGUAGCUUCUCAGUCUUAUCAACCCGUCACAGCAACAACAGCAGCAGCAGCAACAACAGCAACAGCAGCAGCAGCAGCAGCAACAGAUUCUGCUGAUCCUUCAGAGACAGGAGAAGAAGAGGUGGGGGGUUCGACUCGAGUGACACGCAGCGAUUUGCUGCUGCGUGUGAGUAAAGAGACAGGAGCCUCUCGUUCGUUAACAGAUAAAGUGUUGCGAACCAGCGGAGCAGGGAAAGGGCUGCUUAGGAGACAGGAAGCCUUCUUGGAUGGGGCAGCAGCUGCCGGUGCUGCAGCAGCAGAUUGA